CUACCGGUCAAGUCCUCAGUUAACACCGACUUUUAAUAUCUGUUAGAUACAUUACUAAUAUAGGUCUACAGUUUCAGCACGUCUUGCGGAAUAGUGUUUCGGCAUAUCACUUAAAAGAAAAACAUGAAGCUAUUUGUUCCGACUGUCCUCCUCCUGCUGUUGGUCUCGAUGUCGUUGCUGGCCGUCAUUCCGGCAGCAGCUGGCGAACUAGCCCAGCAACGCAUUGACGAUCCUUCAACGGCCCUCGACAUGGAGCCCAGUGAAUCCAAGGUGAAAAUCUACAAGGGGUUUGGCUACGGCUAUGGCGGUUACGCAUUGCCACUUGCUCGAAGAUUUUACCCGUUUGCCGGAGCAACUGUACUAGUGGGAUACCCUUUACUUACAGGCUAUGGCGGUUACUAUGGUUACGGUGGCUACGGUGGAGUGAUUCCCUAUCCGCUGGGCUACAACUACGGCCGAUAAAACAG